AUGGCGCACCCAGACCUGAGACAAGGCCGACGCCGCAUUCUACAAAGGUCCACUUACUAUGGCAUCCAGGUGAUAUUGGGCCGAGAUCUCCUGAAGCCGUAUCUCCCCUGGAGGCAGCUCCCACUACCAGAUGCACCGGACCCCUGCAGCGUGCCAAAUAAUCAAUUAUCAGUUUUAGAUUCCAGGGCUAGUGGCUCCAAUGUCCCUGACAUCUUUUCUAUUAGUGAACCUCGUCCUGAUCCCGUGACAGAGCUAGAAGUUCCUGCUGCAUCCUACCCGCCUUUUACCAUUUCACCGCCUACCUCCUCCCUUUCGGAAGAGGGCACUCCACUAAUUGACCUAGGUGCCCUAGCAAGCUACCAUGUUCCACAAGGCUUAGCCUUCCAGAAGAGACAGGAACCUUUGUCUCCCAUUACCAAGGGUCCGCUGAGAGGUAUUGCACCUCCGGUACCCAUCACAGGUCCAGCUGACCUCAACUCUCUGCCAGUGCCACUUGGCAGCACUGAGCAGUGCCAAGCUCUGUCCAGCCUGGACGUUGAGCCACCACAAACCUUGACCUCUGUGCCUGGCCCCAAGCUAGUGCCAGCACCUAACCUUACCAAGGAUACUCCUACAGGAGAUCAUCCCACAGGCAUGGAGCUUACCACAGCCCAUGGCCAAUCCCAAGUCCAUGAGUCUUCUUCAACAUCACCUCUGUCGACUGAGGAUGAACCUCAGGCAGACCUUACCUUUACACCUCCUCUGGACGACCAGGAACUGCCCGACCAGGAGUCAGCCUGA